AGCGGUGCGUGUGCGCAGCGUCGUCAGUCUAGCGCCGCCAGCGCCCCACAGCGGACCUCUCAUAAACUGCACUUUCACAACGGUACAACCGCCAAUGAAAUGGCGUUCUAAAUACGAAAUAGUGCCAAAAAUAGUGAAGUGAUUUUUUUUCGAACAACAUUUUUUUUUAAUACACAUGAAUUUAUAGUGCUGUGAAUAUGCUGCAGCCCAGGUUAUAUUGUGAAAGCUUCAGGAUGCCUUUCAGGAGUUCGAUCUUGUUCGUCGCGUUAUUGUUAAGCUCCACUCUAGUAACAUGUCAAGAAAUAAAUCAAGAUGAACAAAUAGAAUCUUCCAGAAUAAAACGAGAAGGCGUCCCCGAAAACCGGGACUUAACCGUCCUCCUCGUUAACCAGAAGAGGAACGACUAUAACACGAAGGUCGGGAGGUACCACAGUGUCAAACCACUCAUCGGCUUACUGACAUCGACAGCGAGGACGUUCAUCCAAGAUGGUGUCACCACGGAGUACGCCACCCAGAUCCUGGGCACCACCUUAGAUAACGGCCGCAUAUACGCACAGCUACUGACGAAGUCUUCACUCGUACUUUAUAAUAAGCCAACCAAUGUAGAAGACCCGGUUAUUGUUAAACCGACUCGGGCUCAUUCCGCUUUCGAUGGCGAGUGGAACGUCAAGCAAGAUUUAGGCUUCAUUGACCCUGAGAAGUUUGUACUCAAAAACACUGACUAUCUAGCACCUAGCAGUAAAAUGGAAAUAGUAUAUGCUAGCAAACCAGCACAAGAAAGUUUUAAAUUCUGGAAUCCCACUGCUCCUGAAAGUCAGGCUGAUAAUCAAAUAUAUGAAGAGCCUGUAGGACGCAGAGUGCAACCUGUAAAAGAAAUACCGCGUUACGUUCAAAAUGAAGUCCUAAAUUACCUUGACGGUCCAACCAUUGAGAACGAUAAAAAGUUUGAAUUUGUAGUAGAGCCAUCCGUUGUUGAAAAUGUAAAUACAUUCAGACAAAGUAAGGCAUACGAACCGAUCCCAGAACCAAUUAAAGAAGAACCGCGUCCAAAACCGGACGUUUUAGACGAAGCAAACGUAGUUAAGGUUAAACCAAAUUACGAUUUACCGACGUUCACGAUUAAGAACGAAUUCUCGCCGAUAUUUUAUUAUAUAGAUAAUGUCGAGUCUCGUCGUCCUCAGCAGCAGGCGGCGCAGCAAACGAAAUUACCUAAAAAGUUGUUUGGGCAAAAAAGUGAACCCAGACCUAAGAAAACAUUCACUUACGCUGGCUUCGCUGAUUUCACGACUGUCGUAGGUGACACCGUCAUUAUAUUUAGUCCUAACACCGAAACAAGUCGACCCCAAAAUCCUGACGAAGUUAAUGUUUUCCCAUCCGCUAACCGAAUUGACAAACUCUCUACCAAAAUCACUUUCCUUGCCGCUGACAUUCCCGUAGCUUCAUCUACUUUCAAGGCUCAUGAGGCACCAGCUACAACUAGAAUUACUGGCCCAGCUGUUGUUGAUGAGAACAGGUCCGAGAAGGCUCUCUUUAAUGACGAGGAAAGUCUUAAAAAGGUUCUGUAUGAAGUUGAUGAUAAGGUACCAGACUCUAUAAGCGUUCAAUAUAACAAUGGCUUUGAUUUGAAUGUGGAUGUCAUUCAACCAUCUGAACCGCCUGUAACUACAACAGAAAGUACUCGUGUUACAGAAGAUUUAGGCGUCAUACCUAUCAACGAUUACAAUUCACAAGCUACUGAACCACUAGUAACAUUGUCCCCAUCCUCAACUAUACUUGAAGCGCCCACAGAGUCGCCAGUUACUGAAAGCGAUAUGACUGAAUUGUUCACGAAUUCAGAGGAAGAAUCUGAAAACACAGCUGCUGAAGUGACUGAAAAACCAGAAGAAGAAGAGGAGGAAGAAGAAGAAGUGACCACUGAAAUGCCGCAAGAAUUUAUGACUACCACAGAAAGUGGACACAGUGAAGAAUCCUCUGAGGAAUUUGAAACGACGACUGAGUCCAAAUUUACAGUACCUGACAUGGAUGAAUUCACGCAAGAAGAUUCUCACGAGGACACAAACGAAGACACUCAAGAAGUAGUUUGUACUGAAGGCCUGGAAACACAGUCAACCAUGACUACAGCUUACAAAACGUUGACAUAUCUGACAACUUAUUUCAUCCCACUAGAAAGUACUGAAACAACUACGUCUAUCAAAUCAGACGUUGUUGUUGAAAGUAACAUUGGCUAUCUAACAAAUGUUGUAUGUAGAACCAACCUUAACAUUGAACCUACUGCCGUAGUAAAUGUUGAAGUUAAUUACUCCUCUGAGACUAAACUAAAGGUUCCAGAACCAAUACCUGAAGAACCUGAUAGGCCACCCGUGGAACCAGAAAUUAUAACUGAAGCUCCUAAAACUACACCGCAACAACAAGAAGAAGUACAGACUACAUUGACCACUGUUCACGAAGAACACAGUACAACUGUUGAGGAAAAUCAACAAGUAGAAACUGAGGAGACUGUUGAAGAGAAAGAACCAACAACCACAACUACCACUACUACCACUGAAAGAACGACAACAACUCAAGGUCACGUAGAAGUAUCAGUUAGCACUGAACAAACAACUACUACUACAGAAAAAGCAACUACCCAACAACAAGAAGAAGAUAUUGAAAAUGAAAUUGAUGUAAUUUACAAGACACUUUACACAACAUACACAUACUUUACUACAUUCUUUGGUGACCAAACUUCAAGUGUUGCUAGUCAUAAAUCAGUUGUUACAAACAUUAUUACAUCGACAAUCGAUCUUUCUAAAAUGGAUCCAUCACUAUUAGGAGCGUUCAAUGAAGAUGAGAUUGCACCAACCAGUGUGGGUAUUGGCAGACCGACAGAAACAUUUGCGAUAAACAGUAUCAUCGAUCUUGUUAAGAAUAAAGAUGUCAUCGAGUCAGUCGAAGUAGAUGAUAUUUAUAGUUCUCAAACACCCACACCGUCAUUAGGCGACGAUGUUGUUGCAAGCAUUAAGCCCGAUGCAGUAAAGACUUAUUACACAACUUAUACAUUCUUUACAACGAUUUAUGUUGGCACUGACGCUAAUGUAUGCAGCCGAAAUGAAGUUUAUACAAAUUACGUUGGACCUGAUGAAUUGAUUCCCACCAAAGCUAAUCCAUUAAACAUGGAGAAUACUAGAGCUCAAUUUGACUUCAGAAACUGCAAACAAGUUAAAAUGGCGAGGCCACCUACAGAGGAAGAAACCUCGUCUAUGGAAACCAGUGUUAGUAUGGAGGAAGAUAAGAACCAAUCUUCUGGAGAAACCAAAUCCGAAGCUACGCCAGAUCCAAGUCCAAUCGAAGUUGAUAUGUUGUUCAGUGUAGAAUCAAAUCCUUUAGAAUCCGAAAAUUCUUUCGUGACUGAUGUGAAAUCAUCGUCAUCAAAAGGAGAAAGGAAGUUCCUUGAUAGUAACAACAUAAUAUUGGAUGAUCAGAUCAGCUCGGAAAGUAACAUAGAGGAAAUUUUGCCUUCACCCACACUACUAUUGCAAACAAGUUACACUACCUUUACAUAUUUCACUACAAUGUAUAUUGGAAAAGACUCCAGCAAAGUAAAGAGUCGCCUAGAGACUAUAACAAAUGUUGUUACUGAAACAAUAAUGCCUAACAAGGAACCUGAAGAAGAAAGUAAUCUACCAAUCACAUAUUACACAACAUUUACUUAUUGGACAACUCUCUACAAAGAUAAGUCUACAACGAUCACAAGUCGAGAGGAAAUAGUUUCUAAUGUUAUUACGCCUGUUGCUCAAUCCGUGGCUACUAUAAGCCCUAUUGACACAACACCCAUUGAUGUCGAGCCCGUACUGCCUCCUAAAGAACUAGAAGUAGAAUUAAAACCUUCUGCAGUAUCAGAUAAUCUUGAACCAGAUGAUGGCAAAGCUACUUUCUACACAACAUACACAUAUUUCACUACUUUCUAUGCAGGCAACACAUCUCAAAUCAGAAGUAGUCUGGAAACUGUAACAAAUAUUAUUGACAACACCAAGCUAGUUGAAGACAAUCAGUUAGGCAGAAAAGUACCUGUAGGUGCUGCUGACCAAAACUUAAUACAAGAUAAUGGUGAGAAGCCACACAUAGCUCCGACUUUAGUUAAAGAAGAAAUAAUACCUACAAAACUUCCUGAUGCUUCUUCAGCGCCACCAACAGUACUUCUAGGCACUUAUAUUGAUAACUUGUUUGCUGAAGUUAAACCUGAAGACAAACCAUCUACCGCAGCUCCUGAAGGAGAGAAAAAGAUACUGUUCUCUCAAGUGGCUGUUAUAUCUGGGGACUCCACUGUUGUAACAAGUGAUAACAAAUCAUUAAACGUUGAAACGACUACAGCUGGAAAUGUAUCUUCCACUACAGAAAGUAACAUAAUCAGUCCUACUCCUGAAGUAAUCGAGAGCUCAGUCGCGGAACCCGACCCUACUACUGAAUCCACAAAUGAAUCGGAAGAAGAAGAAGAAGAUGAUAGUACAAAUACGAGGAAAAAAUCACGUCUUACAUUCACUCCGAAAAAACCAUCAACUACACCUGUAAUUAUACCAUUUGCUUCACGUAAUCGACCGACAUUUAUUCCAAAACGUGUGCCAUUGUCUAGUGGAGCUACAACCAUAACUCGUGCAGACUUUACCCCACCUGUUAUAACUGCUACUCCAAGUUUGAAAUCUGUGAAAACGUCAGGAUAUAGUGGAGGUAGAAAACAGUCCGCUUACCCUGGCUCUGCAAACGCUGGAAAGAGAUUCCCGGGACGUAGUAGUGCCAAUAACCCAUCAGCUAAUGUACCAUCAGCAUCAAGAUCAGGAGGAUUUGGAGGAAGGGGAAGCAUUCAACCUACUUCAAGAAGAACUGGUUUCAGAUCAAGUUCAGCCAGAUCGAACAGCUUAGAUUAUAUAAGCAGAUCAGCUGUGCCAAGAAUCAGACCAACUGCUUCUUCAAGGCUUCCACCUGGCAGAAGCAUAAGACCAACUGCAUCAAUAACAUUCCCUCCUGACCAAAACGAUGAAACCUUUGCGACACAACAAGAAGAAAAUGCAACAGAAGCUUUAGAAGAGAUUACUGAAUCACCAGUAAGAACUACAAACAACCCUCUUCUAAGGUUUAGAAGACCACCCGUACCUAGACAACCUGGUACUGCUAUUACUCCAAGGUCAACUACAGCGUCUUCAAGACGAGCUGUUACCCCUCGCGGUAGACUAACCACAACAACAAGGAGAACCACAACCAGAACUACCGCCAGUCCUUUAUUAUCGUUACGUAGACAGAGACCAAACGCAUUAUUCCCGAGAAGGAAUUUGUUCAGACAACCCGAACCUGAACCUGAAGAAGAAAUCAAGGAAGACGAACAGAAGGUAGAAGACAGCGAAGAAUUAUUAGAAGAAGAAGAAUUUGAGGAAGAUAAUGAUUAUGACUCAUCAGACAGAAAGGAACGUCAAGUGGCACAACCACCGUCCACUGCUGCUCCUAAGAGAAACAUAGUACAAAUACGGCCAUUUGCUUUCAGAAGACGUACAAAACGUCAAGUUGAUUACGGCAGUAGAAAGUAUAACAACUUCCGAAGACCAGGCACUGCUAAGACUACAACUACUCGACGCCCUGAACCUGAAACCGAGGAACCAACUACUCAAAAAGUAAGGCCCGGUAACAGGUAUAGCGGGCGCACAUCUAGCACUAGAACUACUACUGCUGCAGCUCCUAAAUCUGGUGCACGACAACCAUUCAUUAUCCGCGGAGAAACCAGAACUACUACGACGGCAGCAACACCAGCAUAUAGAAGAGGAAAGUCGUCAUCGCGACCCUCGUCAAGGACAACGACAUCAUCUUCAAGGCCAAAACCACCGAAACCUCCGAAGGCUCCCAGACUGACGAAGCCCUCAUCAGGGUCUAGAACUAGUACCUCUCGUAGCUCUGGAAGUUCAAGAUCGCGAACACGUACUACCACUAGCAGAGCUUCAAGCAGGCAAAGGAGUUCUUUCGAAAACAUCAGCGGCGAACGCUUCAACGCUAAAAAUAUUCUAAACGAUGGAAAGAUCACCAUUACUCAUCAAAUACCUACUGAAGUGACAGUGCCUAUUGUGAACGGAAAAAUUACUGAGUACAAAAACUUGCUAUCAGCAACACCUAGUCUAGAAACAUUACUACUAAACCAAGUAUCUACUUCAGUCGGACCUUUGGGUAAUCAACAGCUUGUCCUUGCUGCAGAGUCUACCGAGCUGGCUGAUAAUGGAGCCACUAAAAUAAUAAGAUAUGUUCUACACGAAACUCCUACAACAACCGUUAUCUUUACUCCUACAACCAUUCGGGGUCGCAAAACUUCAUUCUCACAUAUUCUUCCUAGCACGGUUUAUAACGUAGAACCUGUUACACAGACUAUUGCACCAGAGAUAAAUUCCAAUGUUCCUUUAGCUAAUCUACUGCUCUCACAACUGUUGUUAGGCAACCAGCAACAAGCGAUCAACCCAUUCCUUGCUCUGCAAGGUCAGGGCUUGUUACCGCAGCAGCCCCAAACUCCAGUUACUGAAUACAAAACACGUACAACAACCUAUGUGACAACUGUAACUGAUGCUAGGGAAACCGUAUUGCCUAUUACGUUUAGAGGUCAAGCUAUAUUAACAACCAUAGUCGACCCCACAACUAACGUUAUUACUGCCACUGAAUUCGUUACUGAUACAGUAGUCACUACUCCCACCGCACUAGCUCAGGCUCCACAGUUAAAUUCUCUAUUACUGCCACUUCUUCUUCAGCAACAACAACAGCAGCAACCGUCUCUUAACCUCCAAACAGCCAAUCCCUUACUAGGUUUAGGUCAAGGUGAUCUUUCUGCUUUAGGUGGUUUAAACAAUUUCAACAAUCUUAAUUUGUCACCAAAUCUGAACCAACAAAACAAUUUGAAUAACGACAUCUUCAGUAAUAGUCCCAAACCGAAUAUUCUCUCUGAUCUUAAUAGCAACGAGGACUUUUCUGAAGAUGCAGAAGAUAACGAGGAAGACCUUCCACCGCCACCACCAGCAUCUCCUUCUCGUAGGAGAUCUCGCCCUAAGCCUGCCCCGGCCGCUAUUCCUAGCCCCCCAAAACAUACCAGUGUAGUGACUUUAUACGUGUCAGGUAGACAUCCUGGUGAAUUCAGCACAGUCCUGUCAACAGUUGUGUCAGAUGACACACAGACAGUCAGGAAACGUGAAGCCAUAUAUUACGAUAACGUCCAAGUACUGCCAUCUUUACUGCCAACGAUUAGUGAACUUACCGGCUCUUAUUCAGAUAGUGGUAUAGUUUCUGAUACAGAUAAAUACUUUAACAAUGUUUCUGUGGAGAAUCAGGUUGAAACGCAAAGUCUUGAGAGUAUAGUAGGAGAAGUAAGCAAGCACAUAAGGUAUGACGCGUCACCAACGUAUGUCGUGACAUUAGCAAGCCCAUCUGCCACUAGAGACCUAAGGCAAAGUUCAAUUGAUGACGUCUCACGUGAUGACGUCAUGACCACGACUGGACUGCACCAGAAACUAGAAGAUCCCGAAGCUUUCAAUGCAAAUGGUAUAGUAUAUGACAAUACACCAUGGAGACCAGGAAGAGAGAUGGAAUUACCUGAAAAAGAGGCAGAAGAAGAUGAAAGGCGACUAAAGAAUCUAGCCACAAGGAUCAUGUCCAAUGGUGUGGAAGUGUUGGUGAAAGACAAAAAUGCUGAUGGAAAACCAGACCAGACCAAAUAUAUGGAAGUGAAGACAAUCCAACCUUCAGCUGUCACCAACAUGUUUAUGAGCAGUUAUCCAAAGAUCGACAAACGUAUCGAUAGCGAAGAAGAUGAAAGCAACAGUUUUGAUGUCAUUCAACCUUCUGAAGUUAGUAACCCUCCUUGCACAAGUUCCUGCUCAUGUAGCAACACGAAAACGGAAGGUUUGCAGACAAAGUACAGCAACAUAGACUACUCUGCAACAUCAAGCCGAUAUGGAAUGAAAACCACUAAUUACGGUGCCACAAAAUUAGAUUUAAGACCAACGAACAAAGAAGCUAUGGAUAAAAAAACCCAGUAUGGACCUUACGAAUACGAAAGUAACUCACACUUAGCUCCUACUGAUAAAGUUGUCGAAAAAUAUACCGAAGUAAUUAACGACUAUUCCGAUGAAAAAGACUCAAAUUCGGUUGAAGAAAGUGAGUUGCUAACUAACGAACAAGCUCCCACCCCACCAAAAACGAACAAAGUAAGCACUAAAGUUCCCGAAAAGAAUAAACCAGACAAAACGCAGAAACCGAAUAAAAAUAAGUUUGUUGUUGCCGAUCUAUUAAAACUAGGAACCCUAGGAAUAAAAGGUCUGACACAGUUAGCUCCUGUGAUUGAAAAGAUGACGGGAGGUUUUAUAAAACGACAAGAUACAGUCAAUAAAACUACUACUACAACUAUCAAGCCUGCUGUCAAAUUAACGGCAUACAAUGCAAAUAAAAGAGUAGACAGUGAAUUAGAAGCUAAACAAAGUAACUUUCCUAUUUACAUUCCAGUAGAUGAACUUGAAACUUCUGAAUCUCAACUGGUUUUCACUAAUGCUACAUUACAUCAGAAUUUGGCGUGGGCAGCGGAACACAAGCAACCUAAAGCUCAUAUCGUCCCACCUAAAAUAGUUCACGAAAGUCCACUUGUCAAUGGCGGAAUACCCAUUAGUCCUGGUGAAAUAAUAACGGCCAAUUCAGAUGUCAUUGUUGGAAAGCCAGCCGUGGGUGGACCUUUAACCUUGGCUGCAAGUGGAAUAAAAUUACAAAACUCGGUCAACCCGCCUCCUAUUGACAGCUUUAUAGCAGCUAAUGAGCAAUACUUUGUUAAUGAAAAGCCCCUUGGUGAUCAACCUCAGAGUGAUGAUUCUUAUGAUCUUAGGCCACCAGAACCACCAAAGCAGAAACCUAAGCCAAACAGACCUAUGCCAAGACCAAUACAAUCGUUUAAUGUUCAAAACAACGCUCCUAAUGACCAGUACCCGUAUCGCAUGCCUGCGAGCAUACAUGACCAUUUAAUGAAAACUGAGCAAAUUAAAAACACUGGAACUGUAUUGGGAAAUCAUGGCAGACCAGCAUUCUUAGAUUACAUUCCUUCAUUAGGUAAACCAACAAAUGCUCCAAAACAUCAACAUAAUAAUGACUAUAAGCCUGUUAAUGAGGCCAACUCAGAUAACGUACCUGAUAAUAGUCCCAGUUCGUCUGAAGUUGUGAACACACAAAUAAGAACUGAAGACGGUUAUAUGGUUUCAGGUAACACUGAAUCAAAUAAGCCCUUCUUAGUUGACAUUCAACCUUCAAGGGUUGCUAAUGUGUUGAUUCCACAUGGUAGUUCCACCGCUCUGGUAUUCGCUGGAUCUUCGGAACCUCAUAAAACUGGAGAUUACAUCGAUGAUCCGCUACCAUAUCCUGAACCAGGUUACUUCGGCAGCUUUAGCAUCGAUGCGCCUCAGAUGACUAACGUACAUAAUGUUGCACCUAAUAGUAAUAAACAAUAUGCUGGAAAACCUAACAUUCAUCCUCCUCCAGAAAACUACAAACCGAAUCUGCCUCCUUAUAAGGAUCAAUCACAUAGGAAUGACCUUAAAAUAAAAUGGAAAGAUAACAAGCGUCCAAUUGAUUUCAACAAACUUCCACCCCCCACAAGUAAUCAAGAAACUCAUGUCCAAGUUGGUCCUCAGAUAACAGUUUAUGACCCGAAUGUAUAUAACCCUUCGAAUGGUGACUUUGAUAAAUAUAACCAAGUCAAAAAUAAAGAAAAACAGAAAGAUGGAAAAGAUGUAAUCGACAAAGAGUACGAGAAUUUCUUGGCUGUACCUCCACCACCACCACAAAAGACACCGCAAAAGCAAUUUUACGGUCAAGACAUCUAUGAUAAGAGUAAGCCGUACAGUCAAAGACCUAUUGUUCAUACCAAACCAGUGCAAGAUAUGAAAGUGUUUCUGAAUAUCCAGCACCCCGUGCCUGAGCAGUUGCCGCCUAAAGUGACAUCUGAAAUAUAUUUCGCAGCCCAGAUGCCAAACAGCAAGCCUACUCCUACUUACACAAUUCGGAUUCCACCAGCAUCACCUGCUUAUAAUAACUUUGUUUCUUCUACGAACAACAUGCAGCCUCCUAAAGUAAAUAAUGUUGGUCCAACACAUAAUUCUUUCUCCGUCGUUACUUCUCCGAAUAUGGCCAAUAAUUCUUUCACACAACAAGUAAAUGAAAAUAAAGAUAAUACUUAUACAGUAACUUUGAAUACAGCUACUAACGUGGCUAGUAACAAUGAAGCCGGACAAGUAAUUGGAUCCAGUGUUGCCGUGCCAAUUGGAACGUCUACACAUGUAAACCAACUCAAUACAGAUAUACCUAUUGGUACAAACUUUGCUAUCCGAGUUGAGGAUAAUUCUACUCCCUUAGAAACAUAUAAUUUACAAGGAAAUAGUCAAUCUCCUGUAUUUAGUGAUAAUGGUCGUGUACCACAAGUUUCUGUUGGAGAUAAUAGAUGGAAUAAGAGUUCAACGGACAUAGCGGGAUCUACAAUAGUUGGUAACAACUAUUACAGUCAUAACUAUGGUGACAAAACACAGAAAACACAAAACUCCCAUAAAACUCAGAAUUAUGAUAGUCAAGGUGACACCACUGAAAACCAAAAUCAACACGUACAUAGUGAUUUCAAACCCAAUUAUAACAAUAAACAGAUAUAUGAUAACAACAAGAAUAAUUAUGCACAAUCGAACCAAAAUUAUGCCAACUUUAAUCCUGGUCAAGGAACAUUAAAUCAGAGCUAUGAAAAUAAAAAUCCUAACUUUGCAAUUGAACAGCAAAAUAACAAACAACAGAACUAUAACAAUGAAGAAAAGAAUAAACAAGACCUCGAUCAAAACUUUAAUCAAAAUAAACCACAGAAGUUUGAAAACCAACAUCAGAAUUAUGACAAUAAGCAGCAUACUAUAAGUUAUGAGAACAAAAAUCAGAACUAUGGUAUCUCAAAUCAGAAUCAACAAAAAGCAAAUAAGAAUUAUCAGAAUCCCCAACAGAACUAUGGAAAUAAUAAUGAGAAGUACGCAAACAAAAAUCAAAAUCAAGAAACUGUAAACCAAAACUUCCAAAAUAAUCAACCAAAAUAUGAAAACAAGAACCAGUAUAAUGAAAAUAUAAAUCAAAAUUACGCAAACAGAAAUAAAGACAACAUCAACCAGAAUCAUCAAAACAAACAACAAAACUAUGGUGACAAAGUCUCACGAAACCCUAUAAAUCCAUCGAUACCACCUUCUCUGAACAGUCAUGCCAAUUUUCCCAUGAUGAAUGACUACUCAACACCGUCAACUGAAACUGACAAUGUGAAACCAGUGACUGAAUACCCAGACAACAACAAAUCUGGAGACCUUAAGAGACCAGCAAAAUUGAUACCAAAUAUCCCCACUAACUCUCAUGGAUGGUAUUCUAGUGUUUUACAAGAAAACAACAUAAAUAAUAUCAAAGUAGAAGUCACUACCCGCAAGAUCAUACCAUUGAUUCAUGAUUAUAACGACAAAAAUAAUGCGCCUGAUUUUGGACAGAAAAUAACUAGUGUUGGAAAACCACCCACCGAGUUCUGGACACAGAAUGCACGUCCAGGUUCAGGAUUUAAUAUUGGGAAACCAUUCACAAAACCUCAAUCAACAGAAAAACCAUUCUCUACUAACCCACCGUUUACUACUAAGCCUUUUAAUAUUAACUUCAUUCCUUCCAAUUUCGGAGGUAUGGGACAACCAGCUUAUGAUAUUCCAAUUCGUGAUAAUAGCGAUGAAACUACCACGUCUAAACCUAAAUUAACAACGGAAAAAGCUAAACCAGUGUAUGAGAAUUCUGAAGAAAUAUACGACGGUGAAGAAGAACCAGAAAACCCUGGUGAAAUGGAUGGAGAAGUCAGUUCAGAAUCCAUGAAAAUUCCUGUAGUCAGUUCUUCGAGUGAAGUUGAUAGUAAUUCGAAAACAUCAACAGAAUUGACUCUUCUACAAGAUGAAGUAUUUGAACCUCCAAAGAACGUCCAGAAAGAGGAAAGCAAUAAAGUCUUAGUAAACUUUAAUCCUGGUACACAAACGGAGAAGCCAUUUAGUUCUUAUAACCAAACUAGCUUCCAAUCAAACACCAUCAAACCAAUUUAUGAGCAGAAUUCAUACAAUAAACCAAGACCGUUUACCAUUAACACUGCUGUUCUUGAUCAUCAAUUACAGCAACCGCACUGGCAAAUCAAUCAUAUGAUGGAAAAUGCCACUAACGUUUCAUAUGAAGAUAAUUUAGAUUUAAAUAUGGGAGAAGAAAUGAGUAAACCAGCUACUUUCAAACCUACUCCAUUUUCAAAGCCUGCGUAUGUGACAGUACCAGAUGUUAAUUAUAAAAGGCCACCGAGACCAGUAUUUGCUAACAGAUUCAAUAACACACAUGUGCAUAACGAAUCAAUAAUAACGUCAACUGUUCAUAUUCAAGACAAAAAACCCUUGAUUGUUGAAAAAGCGACAGAGAAAACCACUCUGCCAACGUUUACUUUAUCGAACUUAGAGCUGAAUCGUUCUUCAAGCGAGAUCAUUGACUUAUCUCCACCACCACCAACUAUGGAUUAUAACUUCAAGCCUUCCACAAAUGAUGAGAUGAUAAUGGGAAUGAGUCCUCCUCCGCCAAGAACUCCUCCCGGUAUCAGAUUACCAACGAGAGUACCUUUAACGCCUCGUCCCAUUCCGAUUAGAACCCCGCCACCAUACAGGACGAAACCACCAAGGCCUAUGCCACCAAGAGUAACUACUCAAAGACCUGUCAGAAAACCAGUAAAUAGAGAUGAAGUGUCCACUUAUAGACCCGCUUACGAUAUCUUGAAUAAUAUAAGACGACCUACUUACAACCGUGAUCAACCUUCAUCGCAGUUGCUUCCACCUCCAAGAGAUAUUCCAUCAAGAGUCGUCACUCCUAUUGAAUCGCCACAACCUACUGUCAAUAUUCCAGAAGUACCUAAUGUAGUCUUCCCAACACCAAUAUCUUCAGGCUGGUUGACAUCAUCCGGAAUUGAUUUCUCAUCGAGCUUUAAUUUCAAUCCUACAUCAAUACAAUUCCCGGAAACACCAGAACCGUCAAGAGCACCUGAUUCCUCGGAAAUAUCUUCUUCAGAAAAUUCGUACUCUUACGAAACUGAAACUUCAUCGGAACGUCAAGAUGAAACUAGCUAUGAGAAACCAGUUACUGAAGAUGAAGUGGUUUCAUUUAAAGAAUCUAGCACAGAAUCAACUUCAACUACAACCACUACUACUAAAGUAACACCGGUAACUGAAAACAAUGAUUCCUCGCCUGAAACAAGCCAAGAAGAAGUAACUACAGACAAAAUGAAAGUCAUUCCUCUUGGCAACAAGAAUAGAACUCGUAAACCAUACCCAGUAAGAAUUGACGAAAAGAAAACUACUACUAACAAAUACAAGUUGCCUCCAAAGCCUACACCGAUUAUCAUAAAACCAACUAGAACGUUAACUCGCCCUGAAAUAUUGUACCCCACAAGACAUACCUCGAUAAGAAAGAUAGUACGACCUAUUACGCGAAUUCCUCCAAUUAUUCCGUCAAGUAUAAUUGAAAGUUCUGAAUCAUCAAUAGAUGAAGAUAUCAUUAGACCGACAGAAGUGAUGAAAGAAAGUACUCAUAUCGUACCUACGAUAUCAGAAUUAGAAGUCACAAGCUUGGUGCAACAAGAAUCAUCCAGCAUUCCAGUUAGUAUCCCAUCUAGUAUACCAACUCCGAGCAUAGAUGAGGUAAUAACUAUCAAACCUACUCACCAUGCUGGCAAUGAAGUUAAAAUAUCAGACGAAGUUAUACCAACUAAGACUGAGUUCAGAACCACUGUAGUAACUCUUACUAAGACAUUGUCAGAACCGCCUCGAACAGUAUCAAGUAUUGGUUACGUGAACUUAACUCAUACAUUGACAGUCACACAUACUAAGACUAGCUUAGUCAGCCAAUCAGAGGGAGCUGUGACACAGACAUUGAUAUUAACAAAUACACAAACAUCUACGGUUGUGGAUGUGGUGACAGAAGUACAUACACAAGUACAGCCAACGACAAUAAUAGAGACUGUCACUAAACACAUACCAAUACCACAAGUACAGCCAACACCAGUUCAAGAAAUUAUAUCAAAGACCAAAGUAUCUCUUGACGAUAUAACUAUGUCAUCUGAAGAAAACGACAAUCUCAUCAUAAGAGAUACUGAUACAACUGACAAUAUCAUUCAGAAGAUUGAAAAUGAGAAUGAACCUGAGAAUGACAAUGAUACUUUCUUCGUGGUGAUGAAUAAAUCUCAGAACGGUGGACAAGCUCCGCCUGUUAAUACUGAUAUAGAAACUGGCGACUAUGAUGUUACGAGAAAUGAACAAGUGAAUAACAAUGGAGUUUCGCAAGUUCUGUUUGGAGAGAUAUUGUUAGCAGGCACUCCGUAUUUGGAGACCACGAAUGUUAAUCCAAAUGGUGUAGCAUACGGAAAGGAAUGCCAGCCAGAUUGCAAAGCUUCCAGAAACGAGCGUUGCCAGAGGAUAGAUGGAAUCAUGAAAUGUGUUUGCAGACCUGGCUUUGCUCGCAUGUUCCCUGACAGACCUUGUAAACCAACCUACACUUACUCAGUUAAGCUAGCUCUGGGCUCUAAAGGCAACGAGCGUCUGGAAUUCCACCAGAAUCUAUCAGAUAACGCUACGAAGGAGUACCAGGAGUUAGCGGUGGCUACCCAUGAGGGUAUCAACAGGAUGAUCAUGCAGUCAGACCUGAGGGAUGUGUACCAUGGAGUACAUAUCACUGGUUUCCAUCCAGUGGAACUGAAGAGUACUGGAGGAGAUUUGUAUCAGGGUGUCAUGAAUGAUUUCUAUGUGCAGCUCUCAGACAAUGCUCACGAGAGCCGGCUCAAGGAAGUCAUUGAGAAGUACCUGAGGAACAACAACUACAGCCUGGGAGGAACGGAGGUGCACGCAGCCAGUGAGCUCAUGGAUAGGUUGGAUGUCAGCGAUUUCGACGAGUGCGUGAGCGGUCAGUUCCACGAUUGUUCCGAGCAUGCGCAGUGCUUCAAUCUCCGCGGCACCUAUACUUGCAGCUGUCUCGAAGGCUUCGCUGACCUCAGUGUCAACGCUUUGUAUCCUGGCAGGAUUUGUUCUGCUGAACCUGUUGGUUGUGAGAGAUGCAACUACCACGGCGCGUGUUACUCGCGAGACGACAGGCGAGUGUUAUGUGAAUGCUUCCAAUGGUAUGCCGGCAGCUCCUGCCAGAUCAAUCUCAAAGUGGUGCUAAUAUCGCUGGUGGUAUGCGGCGCGCUGCUGACAGUCGUGCUGGCAGUAUGCGCCGUGCUGGCGUGCUCGCGGCGCGCGCGCCGGGAGCGCCCGCAGCACUCCAUCGUCGCCUGCAUACAGAGCAUGCCUAGCUUGCACCAGGGUGCUAUGCCAAAACAGAGAGCUGACAGGAGAGCACUGAUCAGCGAACGAGGGGAGUCGGGUGACAACAGUAGUAUACAGAAUGCGUCGCUGCCUUAUAUACCUGCUAAGAGGCCAUCAACAAGCAAGAAGAACGUGAUGUCAGACCCCCCCGCGCAUGACCCUCCCCCGCCCCCCGCGCCUGCCGUCAUGAUACCCAGGGCGAGGCUGCAUCCGCAUCAUGGAGACAGUCGUGAAAACAUUGCCCGGAAGAGAAGUUUGGAAUUGAGUAAUGAAGCUAAACUCAUCAGCUACCUGGAAUCUGGAGCAACAAACACCAAUGAUGAGAUGAGGAGGAACCAUAGUUUGGAAUCUUCGUACAGCGCUAAUAAAGAUAGACAUAACAAACAAGGAGCGCUAGUAUCAGCGGGUUUCAAGGUAUCGACUACUAUCAGGCCUGAUGAGGCUGCCAUGAAAGAAGACAGGGACGACAUGUCCUCAGUCACUAAGGGAGAUCUGGAGGCAGAACUAGCGAGAUUCGAUACGCUUAGGAAGUCUUACAGCCAAGAAGAGUUAUCAGAAUGGACUGAUGCUGAAAGAAGACUGGGUGAAUUGACUUUAUCAGAGGCUAGAUCAGUAGGUGGAACUUUACCAGCUAGCACGGGUAGGGCGGCUUCUUCCACGCGUCUUACACAUCAGGAGCACACGAUGGCUGAGCGCGACCUGGGCUCCACGUUCCUGCUGCCGCACGUGCACCUGUACAAACCUGACCUAACUAGUGACGUGUCAGAAUUCGACUCCCUGUGAACAUCUGGAUCCAGUCAUAUUAUUUAAACGAGAAUUACUUUCUGCUAAUCGCAUUAAAUAGUCUACCUGCUGUUACUAAGUACACCCUUUUCAUGAGCAACGAUUUUCGACCAUAAUACUAUUAAAAAUAAUGCUCAUUUUUGUUGAUCGAAGAUUUAGUAUACUUUUCGUAUUAUUUUUUCAAUUGAUGAAAUAAAAGAAUUUGCUAAAUAGAUCGUUAUAAGGAGGGCGAAUAUCCAUGAGGCAUAUAUUUUUUACCACCAAAGUAAAGACUUAUCUAAUUUAUUUUAACUUAUUUAUUCUAUUUAAAUAAUUGUUGAAUUGCUUAUAUUUCAAUUUCUAGAAUUGUUAUUUCACCUGUAUCCAACGAAACUAAAUGAAAUUAUUUAAAAAAUGCCAUAGUAAAUAUAAGCAUUUUUAGUUUGUAAGGAGUGAAAAUAAUUUGAAUGAGAAAUCAAGAAAUCAAGUAAUAAUCGUAGAGUUAAAUAUGUAGGAAAAACCGAUUUCUUAUUUGAAGAAUUUUCACUUGUUGGAACAAAAUUGUGCAACUGAAAGUGCCAAUUUGUCAUUUUGUCUUUGUAGAAAAUAACGCCAUGCUUUUUUAACAGAUUUUAUCAAUGGUAGGUAGUUUGUGCAUCAUUAAACCACGAUGUUACAUUGAAAAAGAGUAGCCUGAUAUUCUGAUACGCGUGUAAGAUGCAUUACUACCAAGUUUCAUCAAAAUCUAACAGCUAACUAAGCGUAAAAGCGCAUAGUUAACUAAGCGUAAAAGAGGAACAAACAUCCAUAUAUCCAAACUUUCGUGUGUGAGCAAAGAAAGCAUGGCAAUUAUUAAAAAAAGAUUAUUUGUAUAAACUAAUGUGGAUACUCAUAUCACACUGUAGUUAAUGGUUU